CGGCCGGCGCGCCCGGGGCGGCUCUUUCCUGGGUGGGGUUUGCCGAGUCAGAUCCGUUAGCAGGAAGCCGAGCAGCAGCCUCUCUACCUCCGGAGACGCAGCCAGCCCCGGACCCCCCGAGCUCGAGCCGCGGCCGUCGCCUGUCUUCACCGCCUGCCGCGAAACUUCGCCAACUCGCCCGCCACCAUGCCCAAGACGAUCAGCGUUCGGGUGACCACCAUGGAUGCCGAGUUGGAGUUUGCCAUCCAACCCAACACCACUGGGAAGCAGCUCUUUGACCAGGUUGUGAAGACCAUCGGACUGAGAGAGGUCUGGUUCUUUGGCCUGCAGUACCAGGAUACCAAGGGUUUCUCCACAUGGCUGAAACUCAAUAAAAAGGUGACGGCCCAGGAUGUGCGCAAGGAGAGCCCCCUGCUCUUCAAAUUCCGGGCCAAGUUCUACCCCGAGGACGUGUCGGAGGAGCUGAUUCAGGACAUCACUCAGCGCCUCUUCUUCCUGCAAGUGAAGGAGGGCAUCCUCAACGAUGACAUCUACUGCCCUCCAGAGACCGCCGUCCUGCUGGCCUCCUACGCCGUCCAGUCCAAGUACGGCGACUUCAACAAGGAGGUGCACAAGGCCGGCUACUUGGCCGGGGACAAGCUGCUGCCCCAGAGAGUGCUGGAGCAGCACAAGCUGAACAAAGACCAGUGGGAAGAAAGGAUCCAAGUUUGGCACGAGGAGCACCGGGGCAUGCUGAGGGAAGACGCUGUCCUGGAAUAUCUGAAGAUAGCUCAGGACCUGGAGAUGUACGGUGUGAAUUACUUUAACAUCAAGAACAAGAAGGGUUCUGAGCUCUGGCUGGGUGUGGAUGCCCUGGGGCUCAAUAUCUAUGAGCAGAAUGACAGGCUGACCCCCAAGAUUGGCUUUCCCUGGAGUGAAAUCAGGAACAUUUCCUUCAAUGACAAGAAAUUUGUCAUCAAGCCAAUUGACAAGAAGGCUCCGGACUUUGUCUUCUAUGCCCCCCGUCUCCGCAUCAACAAGCGCAUCCUGGCACUGUGCAUGGGGAACCAUGAGCUGUACAUGCGGCGCCGCAAGCCGGACACCAUCGAGGUGCAGCAGAUGAAGGCUCAGGCCCGCGAGGAGAAGCACCAGAAGCAGAUGGAGAGAGCUCUCCUGGAGAAUGAAAAGAAGAAGCGAGAGCUGGCUGAGAAGGAGAAGGAAAAGAUUGAGAAGGAGAAGGAGGAGCUGAUGGAGAAACUGAGGCAGAUUGAGGAGCAGACCAAGAAAGCUCAGAUAGAACUGGAAGAGCAGACUCGGAAAGCUCUGGAGCUGGAAGAGGAGCGGAAGCGAGCUCAAGAUGAGGCGGAAAAACUGGCCAAGGAGCGUCGUGAGGCUGAGGAGGCCAAGGAGGCCCUGCUGCAGGCCUCUCGGGACCAGAAGAAGACCCAGGAGCAGCUGGCUUCCGAGAUGGCAGAGCUGACAGCCCGGAUCAGCCAGUUGGAGAUGGCCCGUCAGAAGAAGGAGAGCGAGGCUGUUGAGUGGCAGCAGAAGGCCCAAAUGGUCCAGGAGGACUUGGAGAAGACCCGAGCCGAACUGAAGAAUGCCAUGAGCACUCCCCACGAGAACGAGCAGGACGACGAGCAGGACGAAAACGCGGCCGAAGCCAGCGCCGAGCUGCGGGCCGAGGCCUCCACCAAGGACCGCAGCGAGGAGGAACGGACCACCGAGGCUGAGAAGAACGAGCGGGUCCAGAAGCACCUGAAGGCCCUUACCUCGGAGCUGGCCAACGCCCGAGAUGAGACCAAGAAGACAACCAACGACAUGAUUCAUGCAGAGAACAUGCGUCUGGGGCGCGACAAGUAUAAAACGCUGCGUCAGAUCCGCCAGGGCAACACCAAGCAGCGAAUCGAUGAAUUCGAAUCCAUGUAAUCUGGUCCCCGUUUCCCUCCUCCCCCCAGCCAUCUCUGACCUCUUCCCACAAGCCCCGCCUCGCCUUUGCCCUUUCUGAUUUAACCGACCGACCAGAGCACCUUCCUUCCCUCCACAGGAGACAGGGGGAGGGAGAGAGAUUCAAACCCCUUCCUUUCCUCUUCCCUUGCCCAUAGCUGCCAGCUUAGACUAGGCUCGAAAUUUCUUUCUCCAGAAGCUCUGCUCCUACCCUUGUCCCCCGCGGUUCUCUGCUGGGCUUGCCGCUUUCUCCUUCCUCCCAGGGAGCCUCCAGUCACAGGGCACAGUGCCUAGGCACGAGUUCCCGUGGCUCAGUGCAGGGCAGGAACAGAAAGAAGAUGAAGGGAAGUCAAUUUAACUGUCUCGCUCCAAAGACCAGAGAGAGACAUUUCCCAAGCCUGAUCUACCCAGAACCCUUUUAGACCACCAGGAGAGGAAAAAAGAUGGGGAGAGCCAUUCCCAAUUUCCCUUCCCAGAUCCCGGCCCAGUUACUUGGGUUUCAUGAUUCGGCACCCUGGGGGAGAGAGAGGGGGUAGGGGUGGGGGGAAGGAGGGAGGAAGUUCCGAGCAAGACACCAAAAACAUUUUAAAUCUUGGCUGCCCAGCACCCCCAAGCAAAACAGUGCCUUAUGGGAGCUGUUUGGGUGCCUUAUGGGGGCUGUUGAGGGGGCCUUCUGAUUGGCCACCUGUGCCUUGGGGGCUGUCCCUUCUCCCCUAUGUGGGCCAGCCCCUCUCCCCACCCUUCCUUCCCAGAAACUCCAGGGGAUUAGAAGGAGCAUUUCCCAGCCCGCAGCUCCCUGUCCUGGGGAAGGGGUCACCCAGCUCCCCGCUGGGUCUGUGGCAUCGCCACCAUAUCCCAAAGGCUUGAGCGGACAGACCUUUCUUCCCGCGAUGGGGACGCUGCCUAAGCUGCAUGUAGGAGGGGGCUAAUUGAAUGUGACUUCCCCACACCAGAGAUGCUCCAGUCCCCUAAGGCACAUCUCCACGGUGUGUGGAGGGGAUGGGAUCCCACUUUUUACGAUACAAUCCCUGCAGAGAACCCCUCUCUUCCACCGGCCCCCCCCUCCCCGGGGCGCUAGGCAGUGGGGAGGCUGGCUCUGGGCCACUUUUCUCUCGGUCAUCCCUCCUGGAGCUUCUUCCCCCUCCCAUAAUCCUCCUGACAAACGAUCACCGUACAAUGAGCUAGGCCCCCUCCUCCCACCCGUCCCAUCUCACCCUGCCCAGCAUGCUGCUGAGCCAUCCUUGCCGGGCUGGCUGGGGGGCACCAGGGCCUUCCCAAUAUGAUGCCUGUAUGAUGUACCCUUCCCCCACCCACCAUCUAAUAAAACGGGGAUUCCCUCCUUCCUUUAUGCAUAAAUAGAAUCUCGUUCUCGUCUCGGAGCAGGGCUGCGUUUUGGCCUCCUCUCCCACACCUUGAAAGUGUAUACUGUAUUAUAAAGAAGAUAUUUUGCAGGAAAUUAAUGUUAAAACGCUUUCUGUAUUAGUGAUGACAUCACAAUAGGUCAUGCUAGAUUGUUUUAUUAUUAUUAUUAUUUGUUCUGCAGCUCCUUUUCUGUUUCUGUCUGGUCUCUCUGGGUUUUGACAGACCUGGCUUCUCUCUUCCCUUCUCCAGUGGGCAAUGGGACGCGGACGGAGGGGAGCAGCCCACAACUGCCAUCUGCCUUCCUUCCCAAGUCUCAUGAUUUGCUGUAAAAUGUAUCAGCCCUCUUGCUGAUCAGACCUCUUGGUCCCCAGUGGUUAACUUGAUGUUAUGUCCUAGAAGGCAAGACUUGGGGGAAGUAAUUCGCCCCAUGGGAGGCUGGGACAGAAGGCUAGACUUUGUGCGUGCGUCUUAAGUGUUUAUUAUUUUUUUUUUUUGUUAUUUGUCCGGAGGGGUUUAUUCUAAGGUCACAUCAUGUUCGGUUUCAGUGCCAAUAAAAUUGAAACUACCCCCAC